GGACGUUUUCGAGUUUGGUGCAUCGGAUGCAACGAGGUCUCGCCCACUACGCUCUAACGCGCUGCGAGAAGUGCAGCUUUUGUGGAAUUGUAGACAACGACGCAUUCUGCUUCCGAACAAGCAGCAAAAGGCAACCGAAACGUAAAUUAACCCAUUCCGUUUUCCUUGCAGAUACCGACUGUCAUUUGAUAGUACCGUCUCGCUCGUCGCAGUGUUGCCUUCGCGAGUGCAUCAAGGAAAACACAAACACCCUUUUCUCGUCGAGGUAGGGUCCUCGGUUUUUCACUCUUCGUUUGGUGGCUUCGACAUCGGAAAAAAUCAACGGAGGCCCCGAGCUACGGUCGGUUGCUUGGUGGAAAGGUGUGGAAAAAUAGGGCGUCGAAAUCCCCGACAACCUAACCGAUAACCGGCGACGAGGAGGCAUCACAGCACAACGGCUCCAGAAACGGCGUUCCGAGUAAAGAAUGAGUUCUCUGUUUGCUCGUGUGUUCCGCCAGGCGCGUGUUACCUUUGAGCAGACGGCCCUUAGCGACCCAAAGUUUGCUGGCCACCUGCAAACGCUGCGCCGCCUGCUAGACCAGCUUACGCUGGCCGAUCUGGGUCUCGACCCUGCGCUCGUGGCAACCGAGACGUUCCAACAGCCAACAAAAGCUCCGUGCACCUUCGUGGACGUAUUCCAGAACGACUGGUUUGCGAUUUCGGUGUUUGUGUUGCGUGAAAACUAUACCAUGCCGCUGCACGACCAUCCGCGUAUGUACGGCUUGUUGCGAGUCGUUUCCGGCGCGGUCCAGAUCCGCAGCUACACCGAACUGGCCCGCCGGGACAUGGUGGUCACCGGUGUUGGUGGUAGCGCCGGUGAUCCGGCGGCCCUGCGACGUCACGUGCUGGUAGCGGCGGAGCCGGAAAAGAUCAUCAGCUCUUCGGUCGGCGACUGUGCGAUGCUUACGCCGAGCGAACGGAACUUUCACGAAAUCACCGCUAUUGGUGGCCCGGCAGCCUUUUUCGAUAUCCUCAGCCCCCCGUACAACACCAGCUUGCCGCAGCACAUUUCAUUCUACCGUAAGGUACCGGUACCGCGAAAUCUGGCCGAACUGGAACUGGGCAGCCCGGGCGAAGAGAAACCCCUCGCCCCGCAACCGGAUGACGAUCGGCCACGGUACGUCCUGGAGACGAUUCCGAUCCCGGAAAACUACUACUGUGAUACGGAGCAAUACGUUGCGCCCGAGUUUCUGCUGCAAGGCGCGGACGAAAGCGAUAAGUAAUGACGGGUAAUCAACGGAUUCACUUCUUGCAAAAGCGCAGGAAAUGAGGUGUCCUCGUGUAAGAAACUAACGUUCCGUGCCGCGAAUUCAUUUCGAUCGUUAUGUUGGCUUACGAUCUUUCUCCAAUUGCACUUGCGAUGUUCGCGGCACGUUUGAUUUUAUGUUAAAAAUGUCCCCCCGCCGUGUUCCAUCCCUUGCGGUGGACUGCGCUUUGAAGCCAUCUGACGAGGCCGCACCGCAAGCACCGUUGUUUAGAACCGCAAGACCAUGAUGUUCAAUAA